UCCAAGGAGGAGACAGAGGGUGAACGUGUGGAAAACCGGUAGAACACAUUUCAUUUGCAUGUUUUUUGAAGAAUUCAAAAGAUGACAUCCAAUUCAAACUCAGCAGAUGAGGACCAAAUGAACAUCAUGAUGGAUAUGGAAGGAAACGUUUACUUGCCAAUAAACAAAACUUUUAUGUCUAAAAAGGCCCGGAUUGAGAAGGUGAUGGUAAAGGGAUUAAAUAAAACAAAAGAUGAUAUUGUCCUCAAACAGUUUCCAGGUGUUUUCACAGCAGAGAACUUGUAUGAGGUGUACAGGAAAGCCGAGGAAGCCCGUGAGAGACUUUUAAGACUGGAUAUCUUCAGUGCUACUAAAGUUGAACUGGAUACUGCCAAUGACAGUAGUAAGCCAGAUAGUUAUUCCUUGAUUGUUAAUGUAAAGGAGGGGCGUACAAUGAAUGGAGGAAUGCACAUGAAUUCAGAUCUCAAUGGAAAUAUUACCCCAGACAUGCAGAUUCACUUUCGCAACCUUUUUGGCCGAGCAGAGAAGACCAUGCUUGACUACCAGUUCUAUUCUUAUGGUGCUACAACUUCUAGGAUUAACCUCAAAUUUACCAAACCUCUGGGAGGGGAUCCUGAUGUUUUAUAUUCUUUGGGUAUUCAGCAAUACAGAGGAACACAAGAAUGGGCAGGUUUUAAGCAGAUUGACAGAGGGAUUUAUUCCGGUUUAAUGUUCCCAAGUGCAUUUGGUACACACACAUUGCAGUGGAAUGGAUUUUGGAGGGAAGCCAAUUGCCUGAAUCACAAAACUUCUUUCCCUAUACGAGAAAGUAUGGGACAUUCCAUGAAAAGUUCCAUAUCACAUACACUCAUUAGAGACAGAAGGGGAACAACACCUUUUCCAAAAAGUGGUUACAGACUGAAAACAACACAGGAAUAUGCAGGAGUUGGGGGUGAUGUCAAGUUUUUAAAGAAUGACCUAGAACUAGAAAUGAACAAAUCUCUUCCAUUUGGCGCAAGUUUACAGCUAAAUAUUGGUAGUGGUGUGUUAAGGUCGUUAAAUGGCACAGCAGUCAAAGUUAGUGACAAGUACUUCUUGGGAGGACCACUCAGUUUACGAGGAUUUAAAAUCAACGGCGUGGGACCAACUAGUGAUGGGAAUUCACUUGGUGCUAAUUCAUAUUGGUUAGGAGGGUUGCAUUUGUACACACCACUGCCAUUCCUCCCCAACCUUGGAGGGAUUGGGAAACAUAUCAAGACACACUGUUUUGUUAAUGCAGGAGGAUUAGUCAAUGUGGAUUUCAGUAUGUAUUAUUAA